AUGAUUAUUAUUUUUCUACUUUUGCAGUUGCUGGUCUCAUGUUGGGCAGAGUAUCGCUACGCACCCAGUAUAUGGUCAGCUCGACCGAUGUCUUUAAGUGAUUUAGAUGAUUAUGAAAAAAUUAAUAACGCUCAUCCUGACAACAUGAACGAAAAUGAUAUACUUGAAAAGUUUCUCCCAAUAUCAUAUAGACCAAAGAAAUUUUUUCGUAAAAUUAGUCAUGCUGGUGAUGACGAACGAAAGAAGAAAUAUCUCUCCGAACCACUCAGUGUACACGACGGGGACAAUCUGCAAGGUCUUUGGGCGAUGCCUGGGCGACGAUAA